CUAUAGCGAUGUGUAGUUUCACUUUCACGUACGAGGAAGAUUAAAAAAAAUGGAGAACGAAAGCUCAGAGAGUAGAAACAGAGCUCGUCUUGCCAUUAUGGAGCUUGCUAACAUGAUUAGCGUUCCCAUGUCUCUCAAUGCCGCCGUGCGACUAGGCAUUGCCGACGCCAUUUGGAACGGCGGAGCCAAUUCUCCUCUCUCUGCCGCCGAGAUCCUCCCUCGCCUCCACCUACCAUCUCACACUACCAUUGGUGGCGACCCCGAGAAUCUUCAGCGUAUACUUCGGAUGCUCACCAGCUACGGUGUCUUCUCCGAACACCUUGUUGGAUCCAUUGAGAGGAAAUACUCUCUUACGGACGUCGGAAAAACUCUUGUAACCGACUCCGGCGGCCUCUCUUACGCUGCCUACGUCCUCCAACAUCACCAGGAGGCGUUGAUGCGAGCAUGGCCACUAGUUCACACGGCAGUGGUGGAGCCGGAGACAGAGCCGUACGUGAAAGCAAACGGCGAGGCGGCAUACGCUCAGUAUGGGAAAAGUGAGGAGAUGAAUGGUCUAAUGCAAAAGGCAAUGUCUGGCGUAUCUGUACCGUUCAUGAAAGCUAUAUUAGACGGCUACGAUGGGUUUAAAUCAGUGGAUAUUUUGGUUGACGUAGGAGGUAGUGCAGGGGAUUGUCUGCGUAUGAUCCUUCAACAAUUUCCUAACGUCCGUGAAGGGAUUAAUUUCGAUUUACCUGAAGUUGUUGCCAAAGCCCCCAAUAUUCCUGGAGUGACUCACGUGGGUGGGGAUAUGUUCCAAUCAGUUCCUAGCGCUGACGCUAUCUUCAUGAAGUGGGUGUUAACGACAUGGACGGAUGAAGAAUGCAAGCAGAUAAUGAAGAAUUGCUACAACGCGUUACCAGUUGGAGGAAAGCUGAUUGCGUGUGAGCCGGUCUUGCCUAAGGAAACCGAUGAAAGUCACCGGACUCGUGCCUUGUUAGAAGGUGACAUCUUUGUCAUGACCAUCUAUAGAACCAAAGGUAAGCAUAGAACCGAAGAAGAGUUUAUAGAGCUUGGUCUCUCCGCGGGAUUCCCUACUUUUCGACCUUUCUACAUUGAUUACUUCUACACCAUCUUAGAGUUUCAGAAGUAAUAUUCAAGCAUUUUUCUUCUCAUAUUUCUAAAAGCUUCAAAAUAAUGAAUCAAAAGACCUCUUUGUUAAUUGAGUUGAGAUAUCUAGUGAAGACAUUAAUAUUUUCAUCAAGAUGUAAUAAUCUAAAGUCUAUAUUCUAAGUGCAUCCUUAAAAGGCAUUUUCCAUAUAUAUAAGUUUCAUCUUUCG